AUGGCGACAUCUGACGACUGGCGGCCCUGUGGUGACUAUCGCGCCCUCAACAAUGCGACCAUCCCGGAUCGUUAUCCCGUCCCUCAUCUUCAAGAUUUUGCUAGAGCUCUUUUCGACAAAUCGGUUUUCUCAAAGAUUGACCUUGUUCGGGCCUUCCAUCAGAUUCCUGUCGCUCCUGAGGAUGUUCCCAAAACUGCCGUCACCACACCAUUCGGCCUGUUCGAAUUUAUUCGCAUGCCAUUUGGUCUUCGCAAUGCUGCCCAAACAUUUCUGUUCUGCCCUUGAUUUGUGAUAUUUUUGAUCGAGCUAAGAGAUUGUCUGAAGAAAAACAGCUAGCCGAAGAGGUCCACUUUACCGAAAACCAUUCGUUAAGUGUCUCGAAACUUUUCUCUAGAAAAAUACGAACUCAGAAAAAGACGCAGUAUCCCAUCCUUCGAGACGCUCUCGGAAAUCCCAUAGUUGAUACCCAGUUAACCGCGGAUAGCUUCAAUGAUUUCCUGUCCAAAACGUUUAUUGAAGACUCGACCACUCCGCUUCCGACCAUCCAGUCAUUGACCGGGGCAGUUCUAGAAACUAUAACUUUCACUCUGUGGGAUGUGACUGUUGCGAUUCGGCGUUUUCGUCAAUCUUAUAGUCGAGGCCCUGAUGGUGUCCCAGUAAGCAUUUUAAAAGCCGAUGCAAACACGACCUUUCCAUCCCUCUUAUGCAAGAUAUUUAAUCUUGCUCUUGAAAGUGAAACUUACCCUACCUUGUGGAAGGAAUCACACAUUUUGCCCAUUCCUAAGCACGGCAAAUCUACAUCAUUUGAUGACUUUCGGCCAAUAAACACCCUCCCUGCAGUUUCGAAGAUCUUAGAGACAUUGAUCAAGGAUAAGAUGAUGUGUCACUUAACAGCGAACAACUUACUGAGUGUUGCUCAGCAUGGAUUCCUCAAAGCUCGAUCUUGUGACACCUGUCACCUCUCUUUCUUUGACUAUGUUCUCCAAUCUAGGGACCAUGGUUUUGCUCUUUACACAGUAUAUUUCGAUUUCACUAAGGCUUUUGACCGUGUUGACCAUGCUCUUCUCCUCUUGAAAUUGUCCUCUUUCGGAAUAGGUGGCAAACUUUUGAAUUUUAUAUCCUCUUAUUUGGGCACUCGCACACAACGAGUUAAGACUUCCAAUACCAUCUCCAACCCCACACGUGUGAGGAGUGGAGUCAUUCAGGGUAGUGUACUCGGCCCGCUUUUAUUUUGCCUUUUCGUUAAUGAUGUACCCGAUUUAUUUCAGAAUGGCAAGCCUUUCAUGUAUGCCGAUGAUCUUAAAGUUGCAUAUCGAUAUAAGCCGGCAGAUCAUGACGUCGUGCUUGAGCUCCUAAAGAGCGAUCUACAGGCUUUCGCCCAGUGGUGCCGCACAUGGCGCCUUUCUCUUUCUUGGCAUAAGUGCUCAGUCAUGGUGGUUGGCGACGACCGCCAACCUGAACUAAGUAUUGAAGGUCACGCAAUAAAUGUGCCAGGGCUUAUAAAGGAUUUGGGCGUAUCAUACUCCAAGAGUCUUAAUCUCUCGGAGCACUGUGCCUUGAUAGUCUCCAAAGCACGUAGAACGACCGGGUUUAUCCUCCGAAAUUUUAAAACCAGGGACAUUAGAAUGCGCCUUUUCAACAUGUACGUUAGACCUGGUCUGGAAUACUGUUCGUUUUCAUUUAGCCUCAUGCGUGCUACUGAGCGGAAGAAGAUAGAAUCCGUUCAACACUUUUUUACUAAGAGAAUUUUAACCCCAGAACACCGACAUUUGUCUUACCAAGAACGUUGCCGGCUUACAGGCCUCGAUCCUUUAUGGUUCCGUAGAUUACAAAAGGGACUAUUUUUGCUAUUUAAACUCUUAUAUAAUCACACAUUUAACCCGCUCACCUCUUUAAGACAUCAUAUCCACCCACGACGUAACAGUCACCGUGAGGUCUUCUUAUUUCUGCCUCUGGCACGUACUGUUAAAUAUCGUCGGUUCUUUUCUGUAAAUGCAAUUGCUAUUUGGAAUAAACUACCCAUGAGUGUGAAAACUCUGCAAAAUUUUCCUUUAUUUAAGAGAACUAUUACUCGAUUUUUGCAUUCAGAAAAGCUCCCACAAAUUUUGGGUGCUGAAUCUACUGAUCGACUGUAGCGUAGCGAUGGCGUUUGUGGUCUCUGAACACUAUGGCCGGUCUCACCAGCUGUUCCUCGACGCCUCUACUUUGACUAUCCCCAACUUCAUGAAAGGAAUUUGACGUCCGAUAAUCUCCGAUACCGUGCAACCUCCCCCCUUCUUGACGGUCGAUAUUCUACCACCGCCGACAGUUUUUUUCUCCUGAGCCCUCCAAACCACAAAAACCACCAUCAACUAUAUUUUUAUGCCUUAAGCUCAGGAGUUUUUUUUCACUGCUGGUCGGAUUUGUGUUUAAUCGCUUCCCUUGACAAUGCCUGUAAACUGGCAUUAAAUUAAAAUUUAUAUUUAUAUUUGUAUAUUUCAGAGGUUCAUUGACCGAGUCCUACGUGGUCUCCCGUUUGUGUACGCCUACAUCGAUGACCUCUUGGUGGCCAGUCGAAAUGCCGAGGAACACAAAGAGCAUCUUGCCUUAGUGUUUGACCGCCUCGAUCAGUUUGGCGUGGUCAUUAACCGUGUGCCGUCCCUUGAUUUUCUUAGUCACCAUGUCAAUGCACAAGGUUUGCGUCCCCUCUCUUCCAAGGUUGAGGCCAUUCGUGACUUUCCUCCACCAACCUCCAAGCGUCAGUUGCAACGUUUCCUUGGCAUGGUAAACUUGUAUCGCCGGUUCCUACCGAACUGUGCCGACCUUAUGCUGCCACUCACCAACUUGCUCUCUGGUCCCAAGGGUCCCCUUGAGUUACGUGGCCAUACGCUGACUGCUUUUGAGAGAAUAAAGACCUCCCUUGCUGAUGCUACCUUGCUCACUCAUCCUGCUCCAGAAGCCCCAUUGUCCCUGAUGGUAGAUGCUUCGACCGUUGCCGUAGGAGCAGUCCUCCAACAGCCUAUCAACGACUCGACACGACCGUUGGCAUUCUUCUCGAAGAAGCUUUCACCUGCCGAGACGAGAUAUAGCACGUUUGGCCGUGAACUUCUUGCCAUUUACCUAGGCGUAAAACAUUUCCGACACUUCGUUGAGGGUCGUGACUUCACAAUUUUCACAGACCACAAACCACUUACAUUUGCCAUCCAAUCCCAUUCUGACAAAUAGAACCCCAGAGAGAUUUCUCAUUUGGAUUACAUCUCGCAAUUCACCGCCGACAUCCGCCACAUUGAUGGCCCGAAGAAUGCGGUGGCCGACAUGCUGUCCAGACCUUCCCUCUCGGCGUUUCACCUCUCACACGGGAUUGAUCUUGGUGCUAUGGCGGUUGAAGAACGACGUGUUGGAUGCCCUGGCGACGAGUCUGUUGACAGUCUUCAAUUAGUUGACGUCCCAUUGACCACCGGCACUGGCACAAUCCUUUGUGACGUAUCGACUCCUUUUCAUCGCCCUUAUGUGCCUGCCUCAAUGCGUCGAGCUGUUUUUCAAACUCUCGACGGACUCUCCCAUCCUGGGAUUCGAGCCUCACAGAAGCUCCUCGCGGAAAGGUUCGUAUGGCCUGGGUUGAACAAGGAUGUGAAAGCCUGGACACGAUCGUGCCUUUGCUGUCAACGUAACAAGGUUCAACGCCACAACAAGUCUCCAUCGGGCACGUUCCCCAGCCCCGAUACCCGGUUCAACCAUGUGCAUUUAGAUGUCGUAGGUCCUUUACUUCCAUCCAAUGGCUAUACUCACCUUCUCACCUGCGUUGAUCACUAUACCCGUUGGCCGGAAGCCAUUCCUUUACUAAAUGUGCAAGCUGAGAUCAUUGUGAAAGCCUUCGUCAGUCGUUGGGUCGCCAUAUUCGGUGCACCAUCCAUGAUUACGACUGAUCGAGGCGCGCAGUUUGAGUCCACACUUUUCCAAACUCCCCUCAACUUCCUUGGCUGCAUACGUAUUCGGACGACGGCCUACCACCCAGCUGCCAACGGCAUGGUUGAGCGUUUCCACCGCCAGCUAAAAACUGAACUGCGUGCCGCAGAAGAUCCCGAAAACUGGUCAGACAAUGUCCCCGUUGCACUCCUUGGCAUUCGUGCGGCACUGAAGUCAGACUUGGACUGCAGCGCAUCCGAAUUGGUUUUCGGCGCUACCCUCCGACUCCCUGGCAAGAUGGUCACCCCAACCUCUCGUGGUGCCGAAGAGACCCCCGAAAAUUUUGUGCAUCGUCUGCGACAAUUCAUGCGCUCGCUUUCCCCGGUUCCACUUUAA